GCCAUCACGACCUAAAACAGGAAGCAAAAACAGACAUGUCUAUGAAUCUAAACGAAGGCGAUCGAAUAGAAUAGAGCACAACAAUUAUAGCGUGUGCCGUUAAAAUAAGCUUUCCAUCUCAGCCUUCAACGCACGCGAGAGGAGACAACCUACCGCAGCGAAAUCACUGCUGUUAAAAGAGUAGUGGAUGCAGUUGAUCAACCAAAACACUCUGGGUGUGUGUUGAUAGCAUGGGCCAGCACCUGGUAAAGAGAGAGCAGCAGAGUGAGAACGAGAACGAGAGCAACAAGGUUAUCACAUCACAGGAGGAAGACGAGACUGUGCAGCCGACAGCCGAGAUGGCCGAGACUCAGGAUGAGGUUUUUAGGGAUGCAGAUGUGAACCAGAACAAUGACCACCCCUCCAAGCGGCCGGCGGUGACUGACUCCUCGGGAGCGGAGGCUAGCGAGGAGGUCUGGAGCGACGCCAGCGCAGCUGACCCCAACGACGACACGCCCCGCCCCCACUUGGUCCGCCUCUUCUCUCGCGAUGCCCCGGGCCGCGAGGACAACACCUUCAAAGAUCGCCCUUCGGAGUCCGACGAGCUACAGACCAUUCAGGAGCACAGCGCAGCUGGUACGGAGAGCGGCUCGGAGUGA